CCCAAGUAUUAGAUAUGACUUUCUUGGGUUUUCUAUAAUUCCGUAUUGUUGAUACCAGAUUGUUAAAAAAGCAAAAAACGAAACAAAGUAGCAGCAUGAAAGGUUACAAAGAAGUACAACAGGAUAGCAUAUCAAGCAAAAUAAGCCUAUUAUAAAUUUAUAUAAUGGCAUCUGCAGUUGAUCCCGUGGACUUAAUAAAUAUAGAACGGAGGCUAUUAACUUUGGAAGCAAAUACUAACAAAUUUAAUCUCAACAGAAAGGAGAAUCUCAGAAGAUUGCAAGAACAGAAAAAUAAUUGCUAUACUGAAAUUAAGGCUUUUAGACAGGAUCUGAAUAUGUUUUUGGAUAAACUUGAACAGGCAUUCUGUCAAGAGCUUUCGUCAUUAGAAGAAAAACAAAGGGAAAAUAUUCUAUACGUUGCUAAUAUACUUGGGAAAGUAAAUCAUACUGUUGUAACUUUAAAAGCAAACCUGAGCACACUGAGAGAAGUGAAGAACAGUGCCACCAGUGCCUAUGAUAAUAGUCUCAAAAAAUUAAAAAGCGAUCUACGUAUGAAUGAAAGCUUAGUUUAUAUUGAUCUAUUUCAUGAUAGUGGUGGGAGGGAUCUGGACCUUAAUAUGUCCUUAAAUCCUUAUUUAAAAACAUUAACUAGUGAUAUAUCAUCACUAGGUGAUGUGUAUAUUGCACGUGGUCCAACAGGGAUACAGUUUGAUGAGCAUGAGCAGAAGAAAACAGUUAUGGUUGAUACUGAAAUGUCAGAAGAUUCAAAAAGUGAAAAAAUUGACAGAGAAGAUGGGAACAAAGAGAAGGGAAGUAAAGAUGUAUCAAUGUUUAUAGUUCAAUCACAAGAAAAUUCAGAGCUGAUAUGUAAUGUCAAACAAGAACCAAUUGAGGACUGUCAAAAUACCACAGAACAAGAUGAUUCAGAACUGAUUUGUAAUGUCAAACAAGAACCCAUUGAGGAUUGUCCAAUUACAUCGGAACCUUUGCCUUCUAUUAUGUCAGUACCUCUAUCUAAUGUUCUUCAGUCACAGGCCAUUCCUGUUACAUGUACCACACCAUAUGUUAUAGGACCUUUGACGUCUGCCAUUCCAGCUCCUUUUGUUAUGCCUGCGAAAGUGUCUUCAGCGCCUACAAUGCAAUUUCCUGUUCCCAUCCAGUCUGCCAAUAACAGACCUAGAGCCCCAGCUCCAGCUAAGUCACCCAUGGCAGGAACACAGCCAUAUCUUAUUAGAUUCCUGCCAAUGGAUAAGAAUUCAACAAUAAUCAGACGUUUUCCUAUAGUACCAGUUAUGCCAGGUUCAAAAAAUGCACCUACCUGUUUGGCUACUUGUAAUCAACUACCGGUAACUCAACUACAAAUGGCACUACAGACAAUUGAUCAAUCAAAUCAUUCAAAUUUAACUCUGGUUAAUGCGCAAGGAAACAUUCAAAAUACUGCUGCUUUACAGAUAGAUAAUGAAUUAAAACAAUGUGACCAGCAACUGAUUAAGUUAGAAGCAUUGAGUCCACAACCGUGUAAGUCACCUGAGCUUGUACAACCACCUUCUAUGGAGGAGCUACUUUCAGAGAUAGAAAAGAAUAAUGAAGAUGACCAACCACCCAAAAAAAAACGUGGACGAUUCCUAAGAAUGACUGAUGAAGACAUGGAGGAGUUACAAGAAGCAAAUUUCGAAUCCAAAUCUACGCAAUCCAAUACUAAAUGGGGUGUAAAAAUGUUUCAAGAAUGGAGCAAAGAAACUUCGGGAGAAGAAACGGAUUUAGAACAUGUAUCUGUAGAGGAAUUAAAUGAAAAGCUGAAGUAUUUUUAUGCCGAAACCAAACCAAUAAUAAAAUCAAAUGACAAUAUAAGCCAUAGACAAACUAAUCCAGCCAUGUAUACAAAACAUACAAUGAAGAAUGUUCGAGCUGCAUUGAAUCGCCAUUUUAAAAAUAUUAAAAGAGACUUUGACAUUGUUAGAGAUUCUGCAUUCAAGGAGAGUAAUGCUCUAUUAGAUGCAAAGAUCAAAAUUCUUGAAAAGAAGGGUUUAUUAACCGGAAUCAAACACAGGGAAAAUAUUGACAAAGAGGAAAUGAAAUUAUUGUGUAAAUAUGUAUAUCGGUCAAGUUGUAGUGCUCUAUCACUUAGACAAAGUGUAUGGUUCUGUAUUACGAUAAACUUUCUUUCGUUGACGCAAGAGAACCAGAAGGAACUAAAAAUAGAUUCAUUUGACUUUAACACGGAUGCUGAUGGGACAGAGUAUGUUGUCAUUAACCGUGAAACUAUAAAUAGUUUCAACUGUCGGGAUUUAGAAAAGGAGCGCAUGUGUGCAUCACCUUUGAAGGCUUUCUGUCCUAUUGCAGGGCUUCGUUUACUUAUUAGAAAAACAGACCCAAAUGCUACUUUUUUGUUUAAUCGUCUGAGCAGAGAAGUUAUAACAUCUGCUAUAGAACAGGAAGUAAAUAUAUGGUAUUAUGCAAAAACUGUAUCAAAAAGAGUGUUAAAACUACUCAUGUCUGAUAUUUGUAAAUCAGCAGGCUGUAAAAGCGUAUAUACUUCAGGUUGUCUACAUGAUACUGCUAUAUUUUCUAAACAAGAUCAAGAUUUUAGAGCGCUUAUGUAUAAUUUGUAAAACUUAGGUUCUCUUUUAAGAACAAUUCAUUAUUUAUGAGUGACACUGUCAGCUCAAAUACCUGUUUAUUAUUGUUAAUAAUUUUUUUAAAGUUAUUUCUAAAAAUAGCGGGAGAGAUCGGUUUGCACCAAAAAUGCGUCCUUUUGCGCCACAACUUUAUUUCUCCAAUGCUACGUUUGCGCCACAUGUUUUAAAAUUACAAGGUAUCAUUUGCGCCAAAAAUAAAACAUGGGAUUGCGCCAAUUAGCAGAAAAAUGACUUCCUUACUCCUUUAUUCGGACUUGGAACUGGCAGUUCAUAUGGCAAAUGUUGUUUCCAUUUGGUAAACAUAUCUUUUUCUUACUGCUUCUGCAAGAAUACUUCCCAAUUUAUGGUAUGUAGUAGCUUUUAACUUCACUUUAUUGUCUAAAAACAUACAACAUUGAAGGAUGAAAUGCAUAAAACGGUUCAUAAUAAUUCCUAAUAAUAAUAAAGCCCAUAUUCACUGUGUCAUCAACAUAUGUGGCUUUAACAUAAUAAGCAAAAACUUCUAUUUUCUAUAUUGACAUAUCUUUAUAAAAUAUUCAGCAAAGCAAUGAGUGUUAUUCUCUCUCUGUACAAUGACAGUCAAAUGCAUUUUAAGUCAUUUCUCUUCAGAUGCUCAUCUUCAUGGUGAAAUAUCUCCAAACAUAUGAUACUUUUUAAGUAUUUUAAAGUUAUUUAAAAAAUAAAAAUAAAUAUAUAGUAAUCAUUAAUAUUCAUGAUAGAUAUGUGUACAAUUGGCGCAAAUGAGUUCCGAAUAUUGGCACAAUUGAUACAUUUGGAAAACAAAAUUUGGAGCAAAUGAUAUCCCUGAAAAACAGUAAUUGGCGCAAAAGGACUGCUGCCAAAAUAGAAGUGUUAAAGAUUACAACUUAAUACAUGUAUUCUAAAUUUCCUUUGUUCCUACAACUAUAAUGCUCUUUGUAUAUCAUAUUUAUUAAGGUGGUACCUAACACUACAGGGAGAUAACUCUGUAGAAUCAGCUUUAUGUUUUGAUUACAUUGCAUUGUUAAGAAAAUAUUAUAAAGCUUCUCAAUGACCAAAAUAAGUGAUUGUCAAACUGCUAUAUAACCAGUGUAAUUUUUCUGAUAAAAAGGUUGGUUCAGUUUUUUUGAAAUUUUUUAUAUUUUUUUUCAAAGGGUCAAAGUAAAUACUUUGUCAAAAUUUUAAGAAAAGUAAACAAGCCAAAAUAAUUUUAGUUAAAGUGUUGGGUACCACCUUAAACAUUAAAGAAAUCCCAUUUAAGCAUUUAUUUUUGAAAAAAAUAUUUAUUCAUUACACUUUUUUCUGUUACACAAGGUAUUGUUUGUUGCUGGUCACAUGUUUCCAGAUAAAUAUUGUGAUAUUAUGUUUUAACUGAGACUUCUAUAUGUUAUAGUUCACAGGUUGUGUUUAUUAGCUCAGACUGCUUGAUUGAGCAUAAAUACAUUAUGUUCAAUUUGGCCUAAAACUAUGAUUGUAGGAUAUUCUGUUACAUAGAAAUAUUAGAUAUCCUGAUUGUAAAUGUAUAUUGGAAAAGAACUAAAAUGGUUUCGAAUUUCAAUUUACCAAUAAUAGAAACAGUAAAAAUAUUAAAUUAUUUUGAUUUAACACUUUUUAUGAAAAUAUAACAUCUUUGUUGAUUUUCUUAUAAUUAUGCAUCUUACAACCUCUAACCCAUGAUGAUUAAUGAAUCUUGUUAAUACAAAUUUCCUGCGUUUUGAAAAAAGGGAUAUUGCACAUUCAUUAAUUUUACCACUAAAAUUAGAUUCAUUUGACUUUAACACGGAUGCUGAUGGGACAGAGUAUGUUGUAAUUAACCGUGAGACUCUGAAAAGUUUCAGCUGUCAGGAUUUAAAAAAGGAACGCAUGUGUGCAUCACCUUUGAAGGCUUUCUGUCCUAUUGCAGGGCUUCGUUUACUUAUUAGAAAAACAGAUCCAAAUGCAACUUUUUUGUUUAAUCGUCUGAGCAGAGAAGUUAUAACAUCUGCUAUAGAACAGGAAGUAAAUAUAUGGUAUUAUGCAAAAACUGUAUCAAAAAGAGUGUUAAAAUUACUCAUGUCUGAUAUUUGUAAAUCAGCAGGCUGUAAAAGUGUAUAUACUUCAGGUUGUCUACAUGAUACUGCUCUAUUUUCUAAACAAGAUCCAGAUUUGAGAGCGCUUAUGUAUAAUUUGUAGGUUGAGAGUUUACAAGACCAUGUUAAACCCUAACACAGUUACUUGUUUUUUAUGGUCUGUUUUGUA